UCAUCGCCCACAGUGAUGAAGUGGAAGACCGUGCUGGCCAUCUUCGUGGUGGUGGUGCUUUACCUCGUGGUCGGAGGCACCAUCUUCAGAGCCUUGGAGAAACCUUUCGAGAGCAAGCAGAAGAACACGAUCGCCGUGGAGAAAUCAGAGUUUCUUCGAGCUCAUCCCUGUGUGACCCCCAUGGAACUCGACAUACUGAUUCUGCAUGCAAUUGAUGCUCUUAGUGCUGGGGUGAGUCCUGUGGGUAACUCGUCUAAUAACACAAGUCACUGGGAGCUUGGCAGUGCCUUUUUCUUUGCUGGGACUGUGAUAACCACCAUAGGAUACGGGAAUAUUUCGCCCAGCACUGAAGGAGGCAAAAUAUUCUGCAUUUUGUAUGCAAUAUUCGGGAUCCCUCUCUUCGGUUUUUUGCUGGCAGGCAUUGGGGAUCAGUUGGGCACAAUCUUCGGAAAAAGUAUUGCCAAAGUGGAGAGAGUGUUCAGAAAGAAGCAAGUGAGCCAAACCAAAAUUCGAGUCAUCUCCACAAUCCUUUUCAUUCUAGCGGGCUGCCUUGUCUUUGUGACUAUCCCAGCAUUUAUUUUCAAGCACACGGAAGGUUGGACAACAUUGGAAGCUCUCUAUUUUGUUGUUAUCACCUUAACAACUGUAGGAUUUGGUGACUACGUAGCAGGUGGAGACAUAGAUAUCCAUUACCGAGAAUGGUAUAAACCCUUAGUUUGGUUCUGGAUUCUAGUGGGUCUUGCCUACUUUGCAGCAGUCCUCAGCAUGAUCGGAGACUGGCUCCGUGUGAUAUCCAAGAAAACCAAGGAAGAGGUCGGGGAGAUCAAGGCUCACGCUGUUGAAUGGAAAGCAAACGUACAGGCAGAGUUCAGGGAGACACGGAGGCGGCUGAGUGUGGAGAUUCACGAUAAGCUCCAGAGAGCAGCGACCAUCCGGAACAUGGAGCGGAGAAGGCUUGGCUUGGACCAGCGAGCGCACUCCCUGGACAUGCUCUCCCCUGAGAAACGCUUGGCGUUUGCCGGGCUGGAGACGGGCCAGUUCAAAACCUCGUCUCAAGAGAGCAUCGAUGGCAAACCGAACAAUCUGCAGCAUAAGGAGCAGCAGUACAACGAACACAUGCAAGGAUCGUCAGAAGACAACAUCUACAAUAAAUUUGGAUUGUCAGUGAGAGUGGCCAAGAGGUUCAAAAACAAGGAACUGAAGAAAGAGAUACCAGAGGAUGUCAGGAAAAUUUAUGAAACGUUUGCCAAUGGUACUUACACUCUGGACGAGGAGAACAAGGAACAGGAGACGGAGAAAGAGUGUAACAUGGGUGUCCCAGCAAUAACAAAUUAUAUUCAGCACCCGGAAGAUGACAGAAUGUCCAAUGCAACCAAAAAUCCAGAGGAUAGAAAAUUAAUCGAGAAAAAGAUAUGAGAUAGGAAAUAUCUUUCAUAUCAGAUCCGAAAGAAACACUUGGUUAAACAAUGCAGAAGAUUGUUUUGCAGAGGGUUUUGUUUUUAAAUUGCUGGACAUGUGCCUUAUUAUAAUUAACAGAAAAAAAUCAAUGGGAGAUCAUACAUUUCACAUGUGCAUGAUCUACACAAACCUUUUCAGUGGAUUUAUUGUGCCCCCAAUGAUAUAAGUUGAUGUACCAAAUAUCUUACACGUCAGCUUGCGAUUAAUCAGUUUUUUGAUCUGUGGGAAUGUGUUUGAAGUCUAACAUAAUGUAAAUGUGGACCAAAAUGAACAAAAAAACCCAGUGCCAGUACCAAUGCAGUAUACCUUGCUUAAGGAAGAAGAGGGUAGUUCAAUGAUAUGAUAAUCAGAAGCGCCAAGCAAGCUCCGUGGAUGAUCAUUGCUGCGAUGAUUCCGACUUCAAUGAAUUCAUUGUGACGGAUGGAUGUCAAACAUUUCUAAACAAACAUUUGUUGUAGGGGAUCUUGCUCUUUUUAAAAAAAAGAGCAGUUUUUGAGCAUUUACUCAACACCUUCUGCGUGAACUCUUUCAAAAAUCACAAGGUCGUAUUUCUGAUACAUCGAGUAAGAAUUCUGCGGCAGAUUAAUGCCUUUCCAGAAUUGUUGGAGACUCACUUAACAGAGACUGAGGUGUGCAUGCCCAUAACUUUCUAAGUUUACUACUAAGAUUUCUAGGACUGGUCUUGAUGAUUAUUGAUUGCACAGGGAUCUGAGGGCUCCCUCGGUUCCUGCUUUUACAACAUUUCCUACAUUAGGUUUUAAAAAAAAAUUGGGUGUUUGGGGACUAAUAUAACGCAAGAAGUAAGUAAUACAUCAAAAAAAAAGAAAGCAUGUUCGUGUCUUUAUCUAUGAUCAUUCUCUUCUUGUCUGUGAUCUGCGAUUCAUUUACAGUUAAUUCGUAAAUGCUUAUUGAAAAAUGGCAUCAAUAGAAUUAAGACAGAGCCUG